AUGCAUGUAGAGGGCAUGCCUACAAGAGGCCCAGGAAGGCCCAUUGGAUCAUCUAGACAGUCUACUCCUGCCAAAUCUGGUCGGCCACCUGGUAGACCACCAGGCCGACCCCCCGGUCGACCCCCUGGAAGGCCACCGGGCCGGCCUCUCGGUCGACCAGGACGUCCGCCCGGAAGACCGCCACUGAAUCCUAUUGUUGAUCGAGAAGGUACCCCGGACGUUUUUAAGAUGGCCAUUAUGAAGCUCAGGAACGUGGGAGCGCUGGACGAAGAGAUCAAAGAGCCCUCCAGCAUGGACUGGCAGGCAGAGCGACCUGGCCUUGAAGAACAUCUGCAGAACAUAACGAUGCAGCCUUCUUAUGUCCCCCGUGCCGGAGAAGUUGUGCUCUGGACGCCUAACUUUGACGGCGAUUUAUCCUGGAACCCUGAACACGCAUGUGUGGAGAUUUUUGAUCCAAACACGAAUCGCUGGCUGGGGGUACCCGAGUGGCGAGCAGGCAUCGUUGGCCAGCCCCCAGAGGAGGAAAUAGUACUCCGGGACCUGGUCGAGACGGCCUCCAAGGGGUGGGGGGUGAAUUAUUCUGGCUUCCGCGUGGAGACGUUCCCAGACCCGCACAGCGCCGACAAGAGCUACUCAUUACAGUACAAAUACGUCCACCUGAAGUGCAUUAAACCUUUCAAUGCAUUCGAGCUGUUUCUCCAAGGCAUCCCUCGGGAAACCCUGCAUCCUUCAAUUGAAUAUGCCAUGACUAUCAUGUCCUCAUUCAGCCUGCUGGAGAAAUUCCACUUUAGAGGACGGUGGCCGAACGCAUCGAUCUACUGCCGGGGGAUCUUCAUUGGCGCGGAGCUUCUCAUUCUAGGCGAUGCAAUCCGCCUUAAACCGACGGGAUACACACCGGAAAGUGCGCAUAAACCAGUCGUAACAGAUGUCAUGGUGAUUGACGAAAUCCGGCUGGAUCUCAUCCAGUGCACCGAUGAUAUCAAAUCCGACCAGCUCGCAGAGAAAUAUCAUGUCCGUAUCGGGGGCAAAGUCUACACGAAUAACCGCCAGCGAGCUUCCACGGAAACAGAUCCUCCAAAGCCGCCGCCACGGCCCCUGUCACCUGAAAAAGUGCUCAGCACUUUCCAGUAUAUUGGCAUGGGCGGGUACGGGGAAUGGUACAGUCUGUACUCAGGAAAUAUGGUAGACAUUUCGCAAGCCAUGGUCAUCGGCCGGUGCUACGAGCCUGAUGCCAUGCGGUUACUCUACGGCAGUCUGUCGCUUGGACGGGACCUGCGUGGUGUGUUGAGUGGACGGAAGUACUCUCGACGAACGGACGAGCGCAUCCCCGAGGGACAGGAUUGGCUCUGGGGCGACUUCCGCACACAGACGCUUGCGAUCGAGUCUCUAAACGGCGAGGACGUCGGGCACUACAGCGAGGUGCGCGACGUGAAGAUGUGGCGGGCCAACCUCAAGGUCCUCGCCGGCAAGGCCACUGCAGCUGAUUUCCGGGACGCAAAGAUUCCAGGCGAGCUGGGACGGCCGAGCCACAAAUCGCGCUCAACGUUUGACCAGGUGCGCAAGACGAGCAAGAUGGUCAGUGUUGGUCUGGGGGCGGCCAUUACGGACGUCAGCAACAAUGUCAGCUCGGCGGACGAGAGCAACGUCCAGCUCCAGCUGGGGACCGACGAUGAAGCGGAUGAGGAGUCGGAGGAGGAAGAGGAUUUUACUUUGCGUGUUGAGGACCUGCGAGGGGGAACGGAGGAGUCGGAGGGCGGCGAUUAUGCGCCUGGGAACCACGAGCAUACAGCGAAGCGGCCAAAGCAUGAAUGA